ACAAUGCAGACCAAUGCAGUAGUGAGGAGCCUGGCUGUAGUAGCUGUUAUUGCUUUUACAAUCUGGACUGUAACAGAUGCUGAAAAGGUCAACACCUGCUGUACAAAAGUCUCUAGGUCCAUGAAGAACGAGACCAUCACUAAUUACAGGUUUCAGAAGAAGGACCCUCCUUGUGUUAGAGCUGUCAUUUUUUACACAGAAAGAGGGCAACUCUGCAUCGAUCCAAGUCAACCCUGGGUCCAGAAGAAGAUCAUUUCAUUUAAGAAUUCACAAAAGAACAAAACAUCUUCAACUUCUGCCUCACCACGUGUGACUGCCUCAGUAUCGAUGAAUUCAACUGCCAGCAGCUAGAAGCCUUAAAGAAAGAAACCAAAAAAAUAGUCAUGGCUCGUUCCAGUGUAUAUUAAGAAAUUAAUGCACACUAUAAAAGUAAAUAUUUCAAAUG